AUGAUGACCCCCCUCCGCCCCCAAAACCAGCGCCAAAACUCUGCGCCGUAUGUAACACCCAACCAGGCAAAUACAAAUGCCCCCGCCCCGGCUGCGCAAUGCCAUAGUACGUCUCCUUUUCCCGUUCCCACCACCUCAACACUAACUCUCUAUUCCAGCUGCUCAAUCCCCUGCCACAAAUCCCACAAAUCCAACCACCCCCCCGACCCUCCCGCCCCAACAUCCCAACCCACCCCCCAAACCACCGCUCCGAAUCCCUCUCAGCAAACCAACAACGACCCCUACAAAAUCCUCCUCGACCACGCCCACGUCUUCCAGCGCCUAGUAAAGAAAUACCCCUCCCUCCCAUUCGUCCUCGACUCGAUCCACUCCCAGACUUUGCCCCCUCCAACACCAUCUUCCAGUACAACAACACCGUCUUUCCUCCAGAACAAUAACAGGAAAAGAAAAGAACCGCCUUGGUCAAAGGAUGUGGGGUUGAGGAAGGGGGCGAGCGCGCUGAAGAAGGCGAGGACGGACCCGACGGAUAGGGGGGAUGGGGUGAGGGAGUUUUGUGAUGCGGUGCUUUAUUUGUUGAGUUUGGGGGAGGAGGAAAAGGGGAAAGGGGAUGGAGAUGGGGAUGGGGAUGGGGGGCCGAGGCCGGUGGCGGAACGGGCGGUUAAGGAGGUUGGUGAGGAGGUUAGGAGGGAGGAGAGGAGGGUUGUGGAGGGCUUGUUGAGGGAGGAGGAGGGGGUGUGA